AUGAGCGGCGGCAGAGCCACCAACAACAUUGACAAGCACAACCGGUUCAACGUGUUCAAGCAGAAGGUCAUGCACGUCCACCUGGUGAACCAGCAGGACAAGCCCUACAAGCUGAAGCUCAACAAGUUCGCUGACAUGACCAACCAUGAGUUGAGGAGCUCGUGUGCUGGGGCGGACGAUGACCACCACAGGAUGUUCCAUGGGGCGCAACGCGGCUCCGCGAGCAUCAUGUACGAGGACGACACUCUGGUGCCCCCGUCCAUUGACUGGAGGGAGAAGGUCGCGGUCACCGAUGUCAUGCACCAACGCCAGUAUGCUGCUGGAGCGAGACAGCAGGUGAAUUCAUGUGUCAAAAAGCAGACUAAAGGCCUCAUCGAGAAGCUUGUCCCUCCCGGUUCGAUCGACAGUGACACUCAGCUUGUUCUUUGUGAGCGCUCUCUAUUUUUUACUCCUCAAUGGCGGCUCGACUAA